CAUUAUCUAUUCGUCAGCAUUUGAAAAAAUAUCUUGACAGAUUCGAAGUACCACUUGAAUCAUGUGGUAACGACACUGUUAAAAUAAGAAAAUGUCUUAUUAGUGGAUACUUUUCUCAGGCUGCCAAAAUGAUGCCGGAUGGGUCUUUCAGAACUAUUAGGGAUAAUGUUGUCUUAUACGUUCAUCCGUCUUCAGUACUAUUUACGCGAAAUGCUCCAUGGGUCAUUUUUCAUGAAGUUGUAGAAACUACCAAAGCUUUUAUGCGUGAUCUCACUGUGAUCGAUCCUGCCUGGCUGGCAGAGCUAGC